AUGACGCGGAUGACCAGACGGGGCUACCAGGAGGCCAUAGGGUGCCUGAACGGGCUGCAGUCGAACUACGCGAACGUGAUGGCGGUGCGGGCGUCGGGCGAGCGACGCAACAUGAUGAACCUGUGGGAGAUGGAGGAGUGGUCGCGGCGGCUGGGGUACGGGCCCGGGGCGCUGGACCGGCUGAACGUGAUCCACAUCACGGGGACGAAGGGCAAGGGCUCUACGGCGGCGUUCGUGCAGGGCAUUGUGCGGCGGUACCGGGCGGCCGGGCGGGUCGGGCUGUACACGUCGCCGCACCUGCGCAGCGUGCGGGAGCGGAUCCGGAUCGACGGGGAGCCGGUGUCGGAGGAACAGUUCUCGCGGGGGUUCUUCGAGGUGUGGGACCGGCUGGAGGCGACGCGGUCGGACGAGGCGCGGUUUCCGCACAUGGGCGCGGGCGCGAAGCCGGGGUACUUUAAGUUUCUGACGCUACUGUCGUUCCACAUGUUCCUGGAGGCGGGGUGCGAGACGUGCGUGUACGAGGUGGGGGUGGGCGGGGCGUUCGACAGCACGAACAUCGUGCGGCGGCCGUCGGUGUGCGGGGUGACGGCGCUGGGCAUCGACCACACGUUCAUGCUGGGCGACACGAUCGAGGAGAUAGCGUGGAACAAGGGCGGCAUCUUCAAGGCGGGCGCGCGGGCGCUGACGGUCGCGGGGCAGCCGCCGGCGGGGCUGGCGGUGCUGCGCGAGCGCGCGGCGGAGGCGGGGACGGCGCUGGAGGAGGUGCCUGUGCUGGCGGCGCUGCGGGACGUGAAGCUGGGCAUAGCGGGCGACUUCCAGGCGGCGAACGCCUCGCUGGCGGUGGCGCUGGCGGCGGAGCACCUGCGCCGCCGGGGGGAGGAUUGCGGUCUCGGCGCGCUCACGGCCGAGACGCCGUUGCCGCGCAAGUUCGUGGAGGGCUUGGAGGCCACCCGCUGGGAGGGCCGGUGCCAGACGAUCGAAGACGGCACGGUGACGUGGUACGUGGAUGGCGCGCACACCAAGGAGAGCAUUGUGGCUGCGUCGACGUGGUUCACCAAGGUUGCCGCGCCGGACAGGCGGAAGGUGCUGCUGUUCAACCAGCAGACGCGCGACGCCGGUGCGCUUCUCCGCCAUCUGCACGAGGCCACGGCCCCCGCGCUUACCUUUGACGAGUGCCUCUUCACUACAAAUGUGACAUGGAAGUCCGGCACCUACAGUGCCGACCUGGUAUCACACAACACAAGUAAGGAGGAGGUGAGCAAGCUCGAAGUGCAGCGUGCGCUGCAAGAAACGUGGUCCUCCCUGCCGGGCGGUGCCAGCAGCAGCUCCGCCGUCUACUCCGACAUUGAAAGUGCUGUAGCAGCCAUAAAGUCUAUCCAGGAUCCGGUCGAUGUGUUUGUGACGGGCUCGCUGCAUCUGGUGGGCGGUCUGCUGGUGGUUAUGGACGGUAAGUGA